AUGUCGCGCACCCUCGUCGAUGGCAUCGUCGCCUCAUCUUCGCUCAUCCACCGUCGUCCGAACCGCGCUCACACCGGGCGUCGAUCGCGAAAGCCUUCGAGCGUCCGAGCUCGAGCCGCCGCCGAUGAAUCGCAAGCGACGGGCGUUCCGGGACAAAGCUCGCUCGGACGAUCGCAUUCCUACCCCGACGACGGCGAUGAUGGGUUCGACGCGUUGGAGCCGUACAGGACGUACUUUCCAUCGAGUUACGAGUAUGAUGUUAAGAUGCGCGCGGUGGCACCGGCGAGGUACCGGGUGACGCUGCCGAAGGGGUACGACGGGAAGCGAGGGAAGCCGUACCCGGCGGUGGUGUGCGUCCCGGGCGACACUGGGUUCGGGCCAAGGGAAGGGAAGGUGUCCAUGACCACGGGCGCGACGAAGAAAAAAUGGCAUGAUAAAAACGAAGCGAUUAUCGUGGAGUGCGCGUUUAACUCGCCGACGUGGCUGAACGACUCGGCGUCGGUGAAUCACGAGAGUUAUUUUCUUCGUGUGAUGCUUCCGCACUUUUUGGCGUCGCACAACGUGGGUAAGUUGGCUUUGCUCGGGUACGGCACGGGUGCGCUAGGGGUGCUAAGCAUGAUGAUGCGACGACCGACGGCGUUCGAUUGCGUCGUCGCCGCGGACGUCCCGAUCUUGGGUGGGUAUAAGACGAUAGAGCGAGAGUGGGGGAGCGAAGACCUCAAGCGAGGCGCGAGUUGGGGGUCGUGGAACGAGGCGUUCCCGAAAGAUGAAGAUUGGCACGCCUAUGAUGUCACGCGCAUCGUGCGCGACGAGUGGGUGCAAGCGCAGCUCAACGAGAGUGGUCCGAGAAUCGCCCUUCUUCCCGGGAACAAGACGGCGCACGAGCUCGGCGAUUUCAUCGCGCAGCUUGACACCGUGGGCGUCGCCCACGACGUCCUGCCUGGCUUCGAGGGUGAAGAAAUCGACCGCCAGGGCGCGUGGAUCGAGCCUGCGCUCGAUUGGAUCGCAUCCAGGCUCGCUUAA